AUGUACGAUGAGCAUUUCUUAGUUACAGGAGGAGCUGGUUUCAUAGGCUCAAACUUCUUGAUACACUUUGUCAAAAAGUACCCCAACCACCAUUUCACUUGCAUUGACAAACUAAAUUAUGCAUCGAACUACAGUCUACAGAAUGUUGACGAGAUAAUGAGUUACCCUAACUUCAGAUUCAUCAAGGAAGACCUUGCCACAUUCACUCCUGAUUUGCAGCUAGUUGAUACCGUAGUCCACUUUGCGGCCGAGUCUUGUGUAGACAGGUCCUUCGGUCUGCCUUCGAUGUUUAUAGAGAACAAUAUCUUGGCUACGCAGAAUUUACUCGAGCUGGUGCGGAAGCUCUUAAAUGGGUCGGAACCACAACGACGGAAAAAGUUUAGAUUUAUCCAUAUUUCUACGGAUGAGGUGUAUGGAGAGUCUUCGAUGAAUUCGCUGUGCUCUGGGUUCGAUGAAUAUUCACCUCUCAACCCAACCAAUCCUUACUCUUCCUCCAAGGCAUCGGUGGACUUAAUUAUCAAGUCAUAUCAGUACUCCUACAAGUUACCCAUAGUUAUCUUGCGCCCUAAUAAUGUAUUUGGUAAGAAUCAGUAUCCGGAGAAAAUAAUUCCAUUAGCUAUAGACAGGUUAAUGUCUAAGCAGUUGAUUCCUCUACACGGAGACGGGUCCAAUAAGAGAACGUAUAUACAUAUAGACGAUUUCGUGAAAAGUAUUGAAUUGGUGUGGGGACUCUUCAAGAGAGACAGUGCUUCGAUAUCUGGCGAGAUAUUUAACAUUGGUACCGAAAAUGAAAUUGACAACCUAUCUCUAGUGAAGUAUAUCACUUCAGAGUACUUGAGCACGACAGACGAGUCUCUAAUCAGUAAGCAAAUCGAAUUUGUUGAGGACAGGAACUACAACGAUUCGAGGUACAAGAUUAACUACGGCAAGAUCAAGAUAUUGGGAUGGUUUCCGGAAGUGGACUUUAAGCAGGGAAUACGUGACUUGAUCCGUCACGAAAGGGCAAAGCUUGAAAAGCACCUGAACACUUAG